AUGGCGACUUCCAAGAAACGACACUUGACUGAUGAAGACAUUGAGGAAACUAUGAGUAACUCUGGAUCUAAUCUAUCAUCAGAAGAUGAACUUCUAACAGCUUUUGAUUACGUAACUAUUGAUUCUGGCGAUGAAGACCUUCCAAGGGAACGACCAUGGCACUGUGGAAAAUUCAAUCCAACUAUACCGCAAUUCGUUGGUGAACCUGGUAUACAAAAUACGAUUUCACUUGUUGCAAGAACACCGCUUGAUUAUUUUCAAUUGUUUUUUGAUGAAACUAUAAUGAAACGUAUAGUUGACGAAACCAACCGUUAUUAUUUAUAG